ACAGUUUCACUUUCAGGCCUUAAGCGUAACCUUUAACAUUUUAUCAAACAAAAAAAAAAAAAAAAACUAAAUUUCUUCGAAUCACAAGAUGACCAAGUACUUCAACACGCACAUCCUACAAUCGCUGGUGGCCGAGCUGUCCGCAGAGUAUCGGGAUCGUUAUCUGAACCGAAGCUCGGCGGACCGCUACGUUCUGUAUGCCUCCUCCGAUCCUUGCAAGGAGCUUCAUCCCCGGACCGUGAAGAAGAGUUUGGUGAAUCUGUUUGGAAGGAAUGAGUCGCCAAACGAAUGCGUCGUGAGAAUCCGUGAGGAGAGUUUCCCCAAGAUAACGGAGCCGCUGGGCUUGGAGAGUGCUGUCGAUGAAAUGGGGAAAUCGGAGGAAGAAGGCCUCGGGAAGGGCACAAAUUCCAAAUCCUCAACGAGUAUCAUCAAUCUGGAUCAACGCGCCAGGGGCGGCCUCAACGCCUCCUAUGAUCCCAAUAUGCUAUUUGAGAAUGAAUACCAGUCCAACUGGACGGGGGAGAGUAACUCCAAUUUCUUUCGCAAUCCCUCCAUGCUCUGGAUAGAAAAGCAAAUCAAGAGUUACACAGAUGCUCACCAUGCACAGAUGCAGGAGAAGCAGGUGGAUCUUGAUGAGCCAAGCUCCGCGAUGAACCAGAUGCCGUUCCAGGAGGCGAGUUCCGAGCUGAGCUCAGAGGAGAACGAUAUUCCGGAACAGGGGAUCCAUCUGUUCGAUUCCUGGGAUUCCUGGUUAAUUCGAUUCUAUAUGGACCGCGCACACUGUGCUUCCUUUAUUCUGGGACCAGCCACUGAUGAGUGCAUAGCGGUCCUAGCAGACCACAUCGUUACCAUGAUCAAGUGGGCAACGAAUAAGGAGGUGCAACCUUCUGAGAUAGCAGACGAGCCACACUAGAUGCUAUAUUCGCAAAAUGGAGACAGCGGUGGCUGUGCGGCAGUGGAGUUUCCCCCCCAAACCUCCGAGCCGAGGACGGAAACGGAGCAGCAGCUGCGUCAAACUUUUACUGCCCCUCCACCAGCCGCUCUUUAAACCCUUUGAGUACCUCCAGGAUAUCGCGCUGCUCUUGACCCAUGUACCCGAUAACCCCGACAAGGAGCCAUCAGUGUUAAUGCGAUGUGCGUUCAACCCUUGUGGCCAAAAUUUUAAGUAAAGGAAUAUAAGACUG